GGUGCUCCUUACGCCACCGCUCCUACAGUAAAUAUUUGUGUUUGCUCAACCGGCUGUAAUGGUGGACGACUGAGGCUGAAAAGGAGAGUAAUAAAACUCACAAAAUAGAGUUCAAAGAAGCUCCACUGCUAGCCGCGAGUAGGACACCAUCGUCGUUAAAACAUGGAUGAACUCAAGCAUCAAGUUAUGAUCAACCAGUUCGUCCUGGCGGCGGGUUGUGCGGCAGACCAAGCGAAGCAGCUUUUGCAAGCGGCACAUUGGCAAUUUGAGACUGCCCUCAGUGCCUUUUUUCAAGAAACAAAUAUCCCAUACGGCCAUCAUCAUCAAAUGAUGUGCACGCCAGCCAACACUCCGGCCACGCCCCCCAACUUCCCGGACACGCUCACCAUGUUCUCCCGCCUCAAGGCGUCCGAGAGCUUCGGCGGCGGCGGCGGCGGCAGCCCCAUGUCCGCCGCCAUGGCGACCUCCCCGCCCCCGCCCCCUCCCCAGUUCGGCGGCGGCUGGGGGGUCCCGGCGAACGCGCCCCAGCACCACCACCACCAGCAGCACCACCACCACCACCACCACCACGCCCCACAGCCCCAGCAGGGCCUCUGGACUCAGGGGCAGCCCCCCUCGCAGGCGCCCUGCCCCGGGUGGCCGGCCAUGGCCAUGAACGGCAGCGCGCACGCCGGCCCCGAGCAGAAGGCCAGCGUCGCCAUGGAGGCGGAGAGAUGAGCGCCUGGAUGGGACUUACCCCCCCCCCCCCCCCCCACCACCCCCACCACCACCACCACCACCACCGUAGAACACGCCUUCCUGUGUGAUCUAGAGGCAGGUGUGGAGGACGGGGUUCGGGAGGACUCUGGGAAUGGGGAGAGGGGGGGGACGGGGGACGGGGUUGGGUGGAUGUCGGAAGGCGAUGGAAGAACGAAAGGAAGCGGGUUCCAUUUAUUUUUUUUUCUCUCUUUUAUUUCUUCCAAAGUAACAGCACGGGAUUGGAAGACGAACGCAGGCAAGGGAGCUGAAAAUAAAUGUAACACGGACACUUUGUGACUAGAGAAAAGGAUAAAACCAAUGCAAAAUGAUAUGUACCAGAAAAACAAGGAAGAAAACAUGCACACCCAUAGUAAAGAAAGCAACUGAAAUAUUUGUACUUCUAUUCUCAGAUGACGCAUAGUUAUGGGAAAUAUUACAAAGACAGAAAAAAAGAAAGAAAAGACAAAAAGCAACGGUCGCAGCCAAGGAAUUCUGUGUAAUAUGUAUUUUUUGGCAGAUAACAUCUCAGGCAGCGACGUCACCUCCUUUUUUUUUAUUUGUGCUUUUAUUUUGAAGUCAGUGUGUCUUUCCACCCUCGCUGUGUUGAGAGACUGCUGCGCAGGAAGAGGUCACACAGGCUACGCUGUUUGGAUUGACUCUGUUCUGGCACGCAUGUGAGCGUGCACAUGUAUGCAUGUUACUGGUCAGUUUCAAAUCAAGUUUCAUUCUCAAGUACACAUGUGUGUACAUACACGCAUGCAUGCAUACAUACAUAUAUACGUACAUGCGCACACACACACGCGCACACACACACACACAUACAAAUACACAUACACAUACACUCUAGCAGUAAGAAGAAACUUUCAUAUUUUUCAUCCCCACUGUCAAGGUGGGAUUUUCUUACCUCACCUUGUGGUCACCUGACUUCUUUCAGCCAAUCAGGGAUUCUUAAACCAACCGUUGCCGACAAGGACACCGGACACAUGUUUCGUUUUUUUAAAGGAUUCUGUUUCUUGAAGGCAGCAGCCACUUUCGUAGAGAUUGUGCUAAACAAACAAACAAACAAACAAACAUAGAUUCCUUCUACAAUGGCUUCUCCUUCAGCAGAGGACUUAAGCAGUUUUAAACCUGGACUUUUAACAACUUCGACAUCUGCCCCUGUUUUGGACUCUUUUUGGACUUUAAGAUUUGGGUUUUGUUUUUAUUAAAAGAAAAAAUAAAUUCCUUGUUUCAUAUAAUAUAGUUUGUAAUAUUACAUGUUCGGGGGUUUACUGUUUCUUGGUUGUUUUUUUAGAAGGAGGGAAUGGGACGUGGUUUAGAAAUGUGGGCGGGCUUGUUCCUAUCUUUCAUUUUAAGGAGCCCAUCAAAGCACGGCUAAAACUGCAGCUGAUGGUGGAGGGGCUUGGACUGUCAUUGCGUAGUUUUUGUAAGCGCCCCCUUUGAACAAUGCAUUCUUUCAACACUUUGUAGCAAACCUACCUGAAGCCUAGACAUGCCCCAUCCCCACCCAGUGUUAGCCUACAUUUCCCUGCACCCUCCUUGGGAGGGGAGAAGCUGUCCAAACUAGAGCGCAAAGACUCCAUUCUGCAACUGACGUUGAUGUCAGAGGUCCAUAGAAUAUAAAAUGAAAUUCAAUAGUUACGUAUUGUAACUAGAUUCUAUGAGUAUAGGCGCAGCCUUUUAAGGCCAUCGCUAAUGCAAAAUAUAUAACGUUCUAUAUAACGUGCAUCAUCAGGAGAUUGGAAGACAUAACACUGGCUAUGCAACACUUCAAGAAGUUGCAUAAUGUACUUAAGAAGAGGGUGUGGACACUUCAGGAAAGCACCUGACAUAUAUGGCAAUAUUUUCUACGAUGCAGGUCCCUCCCGUUCUCGUUUAGGUUUUCUCGGACGGGAUUGUCCUGAUUUCCGGAAUGUGCAAAAGAAAAAAAAAAGAUAUUUUGAUUAGUCUGUUGUUAGUUUUUCUGGAAAGACUUAAAAGUUAUUAAGAUUAAGAAAUAUAUUAAAGGAGAACUUAAAAUAUUGCUGUUCAUUCUGACUUCACUAAUUCUUUUCCAUAUGCUCCAUACUUUAUUUGGUGAAAUCAGAGUGUUUUUUUUAAGUGGGAGGGUGUUGUUUUAUUUUGAAAGGGGGAAACAGGGUGGGGUAGGAGGGUGGUAUUGUUCCUAAAUGGUUUAUCAUGUAUGUCCCCCUCCCCACCCUUCUUGUAUGACCCUAUGAUACCAUUCCCACAAUAUUUGUGGACUACCUGAUAAUUAACUUAUCAUUUUUGUGUUCCUAAAUAAAUAUCGUAUGUCGACCUAU